CCAUUUGCAUUUCUCUCUCCCCCCUCAACUGCCGUUCUCUGCAGCAACAGCAACAGCAGCAGCAAAAGCAGCAGCAACAGCAGCAACAACAGCAGCAACAGCAGCAGCAACAACAGCAGCAACAACAGCAGCAAUAG